CGUCACUGCUCUGGGAUCGAGGAAGAUUCCUCCGGGGUCGAUGUAUUCAACAUGGCGACGUGCAUGUCGGUAACAUAACUGUGAGGGUGGAAGAAUUCGUGCUCUUUCCUCCUCUGACGGAAACUGAAGUCAGCAUUUAAGCAACGUCGGAUACAUUGUUUUCACGCAACGUGCAUACAUACAGAUGAAUUAACAAUGUCUUUUCUUGGAAGUCUGAGACCAGUGCUCUCGUCUGUUUUGCAGGCAUCGCACUCUGUACCUUUCUGGUCUGGACCCCUCUUCACCAGGACCAUGGCCACUCUGAAUCAGAUGCACCGUAGGGGCAAACCUCCCCCUACUCGCCCUAAGAUCAGUGCCACUUUUGGGCAUCCACAGCUCAAAGCUGUAGUUCUGAAGACCAUGAUCAGGAAACCCAAGAAGCCCAACUCAGCCAACCGCAAGUGUGCACGAGUACGUCUUUCCAAUGGUCAAGAAGCUGUUGUGUACAUCCCAGGUGAAGGACACAACCUCCAGGAGCACAAUGUGGUGCUGGUAAAAGGAGGGAGGACACAGGACUUACCAGGGGUCAAACUCAAGGUGGUCAGGGGCAAAUAUGACUGUGCACAUGUCGUAAAGAAGAAACAGUAAUUACUAUGACUGCGUACAACUGGAUAUAUCUUCAUGACUGUAAUCACAAAUAAACUUGGUCUGAAAUGUC